AGCCCUCCUGGCAACACCAUCCUCGCAGUCAGGCAUUCACCUCCAGGAUGCACCUGUCUCUGCACUUGAUGCACUUUUACCAACUGCCCGGCUGUUUUACAUCCUUUUCUUUUCUCUGCUUUUGUAUUACAAAGUAGGAGAGGGGUCAGAUUCUCAGCUUUGGAGACAGAAGUCUUCUGUCCAAAGAAUGCUUGCAGCAUGAACAUCGGUAGAGUUAGGCCUCUUUCAUUGCCCUGCCCAAAUACCUGCAGGGACUGUUUGCAGUAGUUGCUGCCUGGGAAGAUUUGCAGGGGCAAUUCUGCAAGACAUUUAAAUAGGUUCCAAAAUAAUUCUUGAGGUCCAUGCAACAUACCCGUGUUCAAUGCCGCAUGUCUCUCUCAUGGGCAGUACAUGGACUGUGGUAAUGUUGCAGCUGUGCUCUGUCUCGAGUACUGGAGACCCGCUUCAUUGUAAUGCCAUCUAAUCACCAUCCUGUAUUGCUCCAAAAGCUUACCUUUUAAAAUAGUGUUACACUGCUCUUUGGUACCCAAGUGGUUGAAACCUGGCUGCUGUUAAUUUGUCACUGCUUUCUCUUUAGUAGAGGGUGGGAUACUUUCCCACUUCAAUGACAACUCAUUACUCCCUUGUCCCACAGGUAAUAUGGUGGAAUGGUGUUUGCCACAAGACAUUGAUUUGGAAGGUGUUGAGUUCAAAUCCAUGGCAAGUGGGUCACACAAAAUCCAGUCAGAUUUCAUUUAUUUCAGGAAAGGGCUCUGCUUCGGCCUGGCCUGCUUUGCAAACAUGCCUGUGGAAAGUGAGUUAGAGCGCGGAGCCCGCAUGAAGUCUGUGGGAAUUCUCUCCCCUUCGUACACCCUGCUCUAUAGAUACAUGCACUUCCUGGAGAACCAGGUCCGGCACCAGCUGGAGAUGCCAGGGCACUAUUCCCACCUAGAGGCAUUUUAUGAUGACAAGAAGGGGGUUCUCUCUGCUGGCAAGGGUACCUCUACAUCUCAGCCACCCAUCCACUGGCUGCCCUCCAUCCACAAAUACAUGUAUCCAGAGAUGAAGAUCACUCAUCCUGCAGGCUGUAUGUCUCAGUUCAUUAAGUUCUUUGGAGAGCAGAUCCUCAUCCUCUGGAAGUUCGCUCUGCUACGCAAGCGCAUUUUGAUAUUUUCACCCCCGCCGGUAGGAGUUGUCUGCUAUAGAGUGUAUUGCUGUUGCUGCUUAGCCAAUGUCUCACUGCCUGGCAUUGGGGGGACCGUUCCAGAGUCCAAGCCUUUCUUCUAUGUGAAUGUGGCAGACAUAGAAAUGCUGGAGACUGAAGUGUCUUAUGUGGCCUGCACGACAGAAAAGAUCUUUGAGGAGAAGCAAGAUCUUUAUGAUGUGUAUGUGGAUAACCAGAAUGUGAAAACACACCGCGAGCACCUGCAGCCGCUCCUGAAGAUUAACAGUGCUGACAAGGAAAAAUAUCGGCGGCUCAAUGACCAAAGGCAGAUGUUGAUGUACUCUCAGGAGGUGGAUGAGGACUGCAAUUCCUGUGAAGAGGACCUCUUUAUCUUGUUUUUCAUGGAGCAGAACAAUCGGAUAUUUCAGACACUGAUGGAGGUGUCAGCCAGUCAGGAUAAGACCUUGACAGCUGACCAUGCCCGGGUUAUGGGCCUGGACCCACAAGGUGACCGAAGCUUCCUAAUGGACCUGCUGGAAGUAUACGGUAUUGAUGUCAUGCUAGUCAUUGAUAACCCCUGCUGCACUUAAACUGAGAUCAAGAGAGACUGGGAGCAGCGAUGGCUUUUUAAAGACUAUAGCCUGUUGCUUAAGAGCACCACUGGAACUCACCACACCAUCACUGGAAGGAUCUCGUUUAUUUAAUAACUUUAUACAGAAAAGUAUUUAUAAUUUUUAAAAUGUGAUUUUCCUUUUUCUGGGAUUGACUACUCAAAGUUGGGUCUUUUUUUUCCUGAUAUUCAUGGGACCAAUGGCACCUUUUUACCAACCCUCACAAUUGACACUGGCAACUGGUUUUUGGCCUAGUCUGGACUUCUGAGGGACUGGAGAUUUCAGAGAAAGCACUUUUUCUCAUGAAGACCAAUGUGAAAUCAUGCACAUUUGAGCCGUCAGGAGCUGACUGGAGAAUGUUCCCUCCAACUGGGCAUGGCUCAGUGUUCCCCAUUCUUUUCAGUGUCCUCCACCCCUCCUGUGUGUCAAUGGGGACAGUUAAUUAUGCAGGUUACACUCUAUAAACCCCACUUACCCACCCUUUCAGCAGUUGAAUUGGGAGUCCAACCUCCUCAUCUCUGGCGACAGAAAAAGGUUACAACUAGAUGCGUGACAAGAUCACAUGAUCACUGUGCAUUAUGGGAUGGCAGAAGGCACAGAUUAACUUCCAGCAUUUGAAAGGUGGCUUGAUCUAGGACCCACCCUCCCCAUUUUAUGCCUGUAGCCCAGGAGAAUAGAGAUGCUCUUUACCUGCUGGUGCCUCCUAAUUCUUCUAUUAGCUGCAUGGAUCCUGCUUCGGUUAAAGAUUUAAAACAGCAGGAUGGUGGCCAGGUAAUGGAUAGCGAGCAGCCACCAGUAUCACUCUGGCACCCAGCAGUUGCUGUGUCUUGCAAGCUCUUCUCGGCAGGACUGAGCACUGUUGGUAGAGCUGGGAAAUGCUUGGCUCUGAUUCAUCAUCAGCCUUUCCUUCAUUGCUAACUUCUUUAACAAGAUGGGCCGAGUCUUUCUGCAGGGUCCCCUACAUAAUAUAGCUUCCUGUCUUGUUCUCCCAGUGCUAUGAGUUUAUAACCAUUUGUGCUUAGCCCUGGCCUUACCACUCAUAAUGCUCAUGUAGAACAGGGUCAUCUUUUGUCAGGCAGCUGUCAUUGGAACAGCCCACAUGCUUUCAGUGAGAGGUGCAGGAGGUUGUAGCCCUGAGGCCUGGCUGGUGUUCUUGUUUGCAAUGAAUUCUCUUGCCGCUUGGCAUCCUCUUCCAGUUCUGCUAUCAGAGAGGUGGAAAUGAAGAUGUGUGUGGUGGCGGGGAAAGAGAGGGCAUCUUAGUGACAGAUUUUUCUUCCUGCCCCUUAGCUUUGAUUCUUCGCAGGAUAGGAACUUCACUCCUCAGUGAGGGAUGUGGGCCAGUGACCAUUGCCUGGAUCAUAGGGCCCGUUGCUCAUUCCUGAGAAAGGCUGGUUGUGUUCAGGAUGCCUUCCUUCCCUUGCAACACACAAGUGUCCCAGAAGUAACUACUUGCCUUGCAGCAACGGAUGUUCUUACUGGCCCUCAUUCACCAAGUCAGUAUCAUUGACUACCCUGUCCUGGUGAUUUCAGUAGGCUUACUCACAAGCUUGAAGUUAGGCAAAUGCGUAAGCACCUUGUUUGAAUUGGGAUUGUAGUGAUCUAGCCUCCCUGUCCCCUACACUUAUUUCAGCAUCUUGGCACUCUUGUAAGCCGUGAUGCAGCAUUUUAUGUUCUAGCUCUCUAGCUACUAUGGAAGUGUUUCUUCCCAUCAGCAGAGUGGACCCAUCAGUCCCUCUUUGUUCUGGAUUGUGUCCACCCUAUGUUCUGCCCCAAUUCCUUGUUUUUACCAAUGUAUUUAUUUACCCCCCCCCCCUCAAAAUCUCCUGCCCAGCGUCACUGAUUAGCAUCCCUGCACCUGUUGAAGUAAGAAGCAGGCACAUUUCAUCUCUCCAUGGAGUUUCUCCACAGACAUCUCAAAUGCUUGCUUGAAAUUCAGGUUUUCCCCCCUAAUUCCAGGAGCAAAACACUUGAUGUUGGGAGAAGGGGAGAAAAACCUGGCAUAGCAAAUCAAGGCGCUCCUAGUGCUAUUUUUAACUAGUAUAAUACUUAAACUUGACAGCUUCCAAGCACUGGGUAAACAUAGUGGAGUCUUUUUCUCUCUGCUUCUUCAGGGCUCUGACUACUUUCCUGAAGGAGAAAAAUAUGAUGCUGCUUUUGUUAUCUAUCCGCUGCAGUUGCGUUGCAUUUAUUCUCCAUACAGGCUAUGGUUUGACAGACUGAAGAAUUUGAACAGAGGUAGGUGCAACUAAAAGGCCUUCCGAGGAUGGCUUUUUCUUGACUACUUUUUUGGGUUUUGCCUCUUUUCAAGCAGACUUGCCCAAUGCAAUCCACACUUGACCCUGUUCUCCCACCUCAUUUCUGUUGGGGUCUAUGCACUAGCCACCCCCACUCAGAGGGUUUUCUCUGCAAAGAGGGGAGGUAUGGCAGACAUGCAUUAGUAUUACUUGAGUAACUUAUUUUAGGAAUAAACAAAGGCAUUGAAAUGAACUCUCUAGGUCUUUAGCACUGAUCAUCUUUUGGGGGCCACUUCUGCUCCCACAAGUCAAUAGUUCUGAUUUAAGUAAGAGCAGGCAUUUUUAGAUAACACUGCAAUCUGAGUAACACAUUUCUGAGCUAUAGCAAGGCUGUGUGUGUUUACAUGUCAGAAAACCAGUUCCACAAGAUAGCCUUGCCAGAACAGGGAUAAAAGAGUAGAGCAAAGCAAUUCUUCUACAGUAGCUGUGCUAUCAGCUGUGUUACAUCCCAGAUGGAUAACUAGGCUGCUCUCCUGCCUAAUCUGAUUUCUAUAAAUCUCUCUUAAAAGGCAGAUGCUGCAGGAGAGGAGAUGUAGCCAGACAAAAAGAGGAUUCCUUGUUACCCUAUUAGAGGGAAACUGCUGCCUAAAUGAGGCAGUGCUGUGACUUACCUGCUUUUUGCUUUCUGAAGUAAUUCCUCCUCAUGCCUGGCUUCUUGGUAGUAAAAGCAAUGUCAGUUAUGCAGAAUUAGGAGAGGUAUAGAACCCAACAGUGUGAUAUAGAGGGAUUGGUUAAGAAUUGCUAAGGAAGCCAUUACUGGUUUCUGCCUUUGAAUACAAAGCAUUAUUGUGCAUAUUUCCUCCUAGUGUAACAGGCCAUGUCAAUCUGAAUUCAUCCCAUCUUCCUUCAACAUUUGAGAAUUUCUGCAACCCUUUAUCAUGCUUGGGCAUUCUGGGAGAGGUGAUGUUUUUUUAAACUCAGUGCAGCUAGGUGGUCUUGGUGAAGGAGUGCAUUUUGGGGCAGGGGCAGAAGAGGAUAAUUAAGUCAACCUUGUUUGUUGAUUGAUUUCAUUAAAAAGAAGGCAAGAUGUGACUGUCAUUUUGUCAUUGGGGUGCUAACUGGAAAAAGAUCUUUUGAAAAUACUUUGCCUUUUAAAUGGUGCCUUUAGGUAUUUCAAUGUGACUAUGGCUGUUAAGAUUUGUAGUUGUAUGCCAUCUGAUCCCCACACAAUAAUCACCUGACUGCGGUAAUGUCACACAUUAGAAAGAUUUCCAAUCUCUUAGGAACAGCAGCCCCUGCUCACUUCUGUGCUAAAAAGGAGAGAGCAACAACCUUUCCAUCAAACUACAGUGGCAUCCUCAUCUUUAAUUGAAAUGGGUCUGUAUGUAAUGACCUAGGUCUGAGAGUCCCUCCGCAGGGGGAAGAGAGAAGGGAAAGUGAAAGGUCAUUAAAUUUCCACCAGUUCUCCAAACUUUGUAUUACUCACAAUUACUGAAGUACUUAUUUGUACUACAGGACUGUAACAGCCUAGGGGAAAUUCAGGCUUUACAGACAGUAGUAGGGCCAGGAUUUCAUAGAAUUGUAGGAUUGGACUGGAGGGAAUCCUAGUCCGUCCCCUGCGCUCACAGCAGGACUAAGUAUUAUAUAGACCAUCCCUGACAGAUGUUUAUCUAAUCUGCUCUUAAAAAAUCUCCAGUGAUGAAGAGUCCACAACCUCCCAAGGCAAUAUAUUCCAGUGCUAAACCACCCUGAUGGAUAUGAAGUUUUUCCUAAUGUCUACCCUUAAACUGCCCUUGUUACAAUUUAAGCCCAUUGCUUCCUAUCCUAUCAUCAGAAGUUUUUUUUUCUCCUUCCUUUUUGUAACAGCCUUUUACAUAUCUCCUCUCAAAUUAAACAGGUAUCAGUCUUUUACAGACUUAUCUCCUCAGUCAACUGCUCAAAUAUUUUAGGAUGAAUUUAAUAAGAUCACUUGAAGACAUUUUUCAUUUGUUCUUUCUCUAUUUUAACCUUUCAUCCUACCUCAUUUUCACUGGCAUUGGCUAUGUUAGGCAUCCAAUUGCUGCUAACCUUUUUGGUGAAAACGGUCAUUUAAUGCUUCUGCCACUUCCACAUUUUCUGUUACUAAACUCCCUCUCCACCCCCAACUGAAUAAUAGACCUACACUUGCUUCUAAUGUAUUUGUAGAAUGUCAUCUUGUUACCCUUUGUCUAUAGUUAGUUCUUGUCCUGUGCCUUGGCCCUUCUAAUCUUAGCCCUAUAUACAAUGUUUCUUACCAUUCUUUGGAAUUUGACCUGGUUUCCACUUGUUAUAGCCCGAACCCCAGGUUAUACCAGGGUGGGCUCUUGCCAUGCUUCUAAUCUUUCCUAUGCAGUGGAUCGUGUGCUCUUGUGCCAUUAAUAAUGUCUCUGAAAAACUGCUCUCACUCUCUUGAAACAUUUUUCCCCUUAGACUUGCUUCCCAUGGGAUCUUACCUAUUAACUCCAUGAGUUUGCUAAAGUCUGCCUCCUUGAAAUCCAUUCCCUAUAUUGCGCUGUUUUUCCUUCUACCCUUCCUUCAAAUCAUGAACUCUGCCCUUGUGUGAUCAUUUUCACCUAAGCUGCCUUUCAAUCAGAUCUUGAACAGCCUUUCCCCUAGUGGCCUAUGUGUCUGUUCCACAGGGCUGAUAGUCAGAAAGGGGUACCUUUACCCUAUUUUACAGCUAGGACACUGAGUCUUUCUGUAAGUGGUGUGGCUAUGGUCAGCCAGGAAGUUGGAACUAAGUGAAGUUCUCCCAAAUCCCAGGCUUGCAUCCUAACCACUGGGCCACUACUCCUCUGUGCUCUCUUAAGGGAGACACAGAUCUAGCAAAACUCUGCAGGGGGGUUUCAGCCAGUUUCCUUCUUUACUAAACCAUAUUGCUCUAACCGUCCACUUGGUAGACAGGUGAAUUCUGCUCCCCCGGAGGAUGGCUGAAGUUAUUCCUUUACUAUUCGAGUAACUGAAGUGGAAUGUGGCUUCCAGCACGACCAUUGAGCUGCAAUGGUGCAAGCUGUACGGUUUCAGUGACACUUUUAUUUCUCAGUAAAAAGAGCAGCACAGGCUUUUAAACGUUGAAUUGUUUCCACAGAGCUGAACCUGUCUGAGGGGCCAAGAGGAGCUGGUACAUUACAACAGCAGGGUUUCAUCUGUUUGUUUUUCAACUAUUAAAGCUCACAUUUUAACAUUA